CACAGAAAGGGAAGAGAGGAAGACGUACCAGUGAGACGAGGCGCAGUGAAGCUUGGAGCUCUCUUCAAACCACACUUAAAAUCAUUUAAACGACUUUUUUUUAAUCAAAAAAAAAUCAAAAUCACUUGGACACAAAGGUCUGCUUACUGACUGAGGCACGAGUGCUUCGGAGGAAAACAGAGUUCUGUACCCCCGUUUCUCUUUUGAGUCACCGCACGGCAAGAAAACGGAGGUCGUUGGGCUGGAGUGUGUUCUCAUGGCCGAGUCAGAGACUGAGUGUGACACACCCGGCCUUGACACACUUGGGUCGGAGUGUGUCAUAGCCCACAGCCAGGUCGACCUUCAUUAUGGUGCAGAAACUGAGAUUAUGACAGAAGAGAAACGUGGGUUAGAGCUGGAAAUACAUGGCUCAGACCUAGCCAAGAUCCAAGGCCUUGGGCCGGAGCUGGGAGCUGUUUCCUGUGUGGAUGCCAUCGUAGCGGAGACGGACCAUGACUACAUUAAGGUGGAACAUGCAGAGAUGCAUUGUUUCACAGGAGCAGAGAUCAAGACGACCUCAGGUGAGGCCCUGCUUGGAGAGGUUCUGCUAAAGACAGAGUCUGGGCAUGUUGUGAAAGUGGAGUCCGACCAUGGAGGAGAGCUCACAGUGGAGUCUGAAAAUGGUGUGAUCAUUCAUGAGGCUCAUGGCCUGCAAUGUAACGAGUGUGGGGAGAUCUUUGGCAGCAUAGCUGAUCUCCACCAGCACUUUGAGAUCCACAAAGACCUGAACCCUUACAUAUGUGUCCACUGUGGUGAGAGCUUUGCUGUGGAAGCCAGCCUCAAGCAGCACAUGAAGAUCCACAUGAAAGAAAAGCCCUAUGGCCCCACUGGAGUUGAGAUGGUGGGUAAAGAUGUCAUUGAUGCCUUCAACCUUAAGUCCCACCAGACAAUCCACUUGCAAGAGAAGCCACACAGAUGCUCAGAAUGUGGCAAGAGUUUUGCAGCUGCCAUCACCCUCAGAGAACAUAUGAAGAUGCAUUCAAUGGACAAGCCCUACAAGUGCACCCAAUGCAGGAAGAGUUUUGUUCGCAGAAGGCAUCUGAAAAAGCAUCAGGAGGUCCAUGCACGUGAGAAACCCUAUACCUGUGGUCAGUGUGGCAAAGGAUUUGCCACAGCUUCCAACCUGAAGCAGCACCAAAAGACCCAUGCUGCGGCGAUGGGUGACAAACCUCAUCGGUGCACACAGUGUGGAAAGUGCUUUGCGGCUGCUGCCACUCUUCGGGAGCACCAGCGGAUUCACUCUGGUGAGAAGCCAUACAAAUGCAACCAGUGCAGGAAGAGUUUUGUCAGAAAGCGCCACCUGAAGAAGCACCAGCAGGUUCAUGCUGGUGGAAAGCCUUACACCUGCUCACAGUGCGGUAAGGGCUUCAACCACUCCUCUUCCCUUUCUCGACACCACAAGACCCAUCUGCAAAACCCCAUGUAUCCCUCUGCUCAGUCUGGAAAGGCAUUCUUUGGCGCACCCAUGAGGCAGAGGUCCCACCAGCAGGGAGACAAGCCCUACAUGUGCAACCACUGUGACAAGGGCUUUAAUCAUUCCUCUUCACUGUCCCGGCACCAAAGAGUCCACUCCGAGGGGAAGAGUUAUACUUGUGGUCACUGUGGGAAGCGAUUCAACCACUCAUCUUCCCUCUCGAGGCAUCAGAGGGUCCAUCUGGAGGAGAAGCAGCAGCAGCAGCAGCAGCAGCAACAGUACAGCACCAUGCCCUCAGGGAAGGGUUACCCUCACAGCACCAGCAAACAGCACAUUGCUGCUGGUGAAAAGCCGUACAGGUGCUCUCAGUGUGGAAAAGGCUUUAACCAUUCAUCCUCCCUCUCCAGGCAUCAUAGGAUCCAUGUAGACCAGUGAGCUCCAUCCCACACAUGCCUGCACCCCCCCGUUUCUGUUAUACCAAUGGUCCCAUCCUUGAUUAUAGCCACUGCAAAUAUCAGGCCAACUUCCAUAGAUAAUAGUGGACAGGUCAGCACAUUGCUUUGUAGUGAAGUGGUUAAAAUGAACGGACAGUGGUGCACAAGCCUUCAAAGGGAAAAGGCUUGGCCUAAAAAUAUUUAGCCUGCUCGUCAGUUGGGCAGGUUAGUUUUUUAACAAGUACCCAGGACCAUCUGCUUGGUUUGAAGAGUUUGUGACAACAGGAGUGAAUGAGCCCUUCAUUUAUGAUUGUGCUUGCCCCAGGACCUUUAUUUGAAAGCUUUUAAAAAAGAAUUGUGAUUUGAUAAUCUAGAUGUUAAACAUGUUACCUGGAUAGUUAUUUCCCCUUCUGGCCUAGUCAUUUUGAUAGAUUUCAGUCAGUGUCUCUUCAGGCUAGCACAUGUCGAACUUUAUUCAUAUGGUGUAGCACCUUGGGCUACUGAUACAUUGGUGAUCAAAGAGUUAUUUUAUCUUGAUGAUGAAAUUAGCCAUGUCUUUAUACCCCCAUAAUCCAUGUGAAGCAAAAGAAAUCCUAUGUAAAUACUUAAUUUUCUUUUAUAUAUAUGUAUGGGUGACUAGUGUGUCGUUAUGUUCCAGAAGAGACAUUUUGAUAGUAAGAUCCACUUUGUCUCCACCAUUUUCUUUUCAUUUGACUUUUACUUGUUUAUUUCAAUUGUUGGAGCUACCAGGAAUUGUCGGAAGGUGCUCGUACAGACUGGCAAACUAGAUUGUUGGCUUAAGCAGACAUGAUCCAUCCUAUAUUUUCUGGCUGGUUUUGAUAGGUCUACAAGGGUUGACAUUGCUGAACAGAAAUGUAGAGAUCAAUACUAACAAGAGACCCUGAUUAUUUUUUUUAUUUUUUUUUUUAUUGGAUGCAAUUUAGUUAUAACCAAAUGCAUAAGAGUAAAUAAACAUACUGGUUAGCAUUUUGGAGAGAAAAAAUACUUCUAUCCUGAUUAUUUACUGUCUUCUCUGUACUUCAUUAAAUGUAUAUAACAAAA